AUGGCCUCGCUUUUGAGCAGUAUAUUUCCAUCGAGAUCGAACUAUUCGAUUCGAGUGCCGUCUGCCAAGACCCAUGAUCUCGAAAAUGCCGUGGAGAAACCCGCCAGGUCGUUGAAGCAUCUUUUGAAGCUAAAUCACCUUAACAAUUCUCUAUGGGUUGGUGGGACAUCUCACAACAAUGUAGCCCAUCAUCUGACUUCCGCGUUUCUCUUUGGCGCUGACGAUGCGGUCCUCAAUCAAAUAUAUGAAGUCGAGUCCAAGUCGCUAGAUCCGUGGAAAGAGGCUCCUGGGGAAGUCGUUGGCAGUGAUUGGAUGGAUUAUCUGGGGAAGAAAGAAUAUGAGCGCGCGUUCCUAGACUUCUUUGAGGACAACCUCGUGGAUGAGGGCUAUGAUUGGAAAUCAGUCGUCCAGAAAUUCCUAUUUUCGGACAACCAACCAUUAUUUAGCUCGAUCACUGCUGGCUUGGGACAACCAUUGAUACACCUCGCGCUGGCCUUUCAAAUGUCCAGUCGUGACCUCGCAAUGGAAGCGCUCACACUUGUUGCGACUCGCUACCACGACAACAACGUUGCCAAAUACUCUGAUGUAGCUGCCUACUUCCAAGCCGAACCCUCCUACAAAAGCUCUUCCAUUCUCGAGAUUCUCGAGCGAGUCCGAGCAGACCAGACACUUAAAACCACCGUCCUGGGGACACCCAGAGAACAAAAUCUAAGCAAUAUCUUUCGUGACCACGAAGCCACAUUGCUCAAUCAUUGCAAUGCCUGGACCAUCAUCUCCCAGGACCCAACAGCAACCUUCCGUGAUAGCCAGGCUGCUGCAGUGGCACUUUUCCUCGGAGCAAAAAUAAACAGAUCCAAACCAGAUAAUGCUAACAGCCGCAAACACGAUAUAUGCCUCCUCUAUCCGCUAUUAAUGAGCCACGCCAUCCGCAUAAUACUGCCCCAAACGCCCAACAAUUUCAUUAUAUCCCUUCUUAAGCAGUGGUGGCUGACGACUCUAGCAAUCUACGUGGCUCGGUUACGGCCAGAAAUCGAAUUAUCUAAGCCGGUUGUUGCAUAUGAUUUGCACGAUAAAGACUGGCGUUGGGUCGCGCAGCAAGCAGUCAAGGGUCCGCAUGCAAACGAUACACAUUUCGUGCUGACCUUGCGUGUCUUGAAAGAAUUGGGUCAGACAUGGGAUGAUCCUGAAAACUACUAUUUGAAAGCGGCAGUGAAGUUUGUGCAUGAAUUUAAUGGUUGGGAUAUUUUUGCUUGA